CCCCUGGGGCCCUCCCGCGCUGGGGCCGGCUGAGGGGCUCAGGGGGACAUCGGGGGUGUCGGUGCUUUGUGUGGGCCGCGGGUGUCCCGCCCUUUCUGCUGCGCGGUCCCACAGCGGCGGAUCCAUGUCUUUCCUUGUAAGUAAACCCGAGCGCAUUAGGCGGUGGGUGUCUGAGAAGUUCAUUGUUGAGGGUUUGAGAGAGUUCGAGCUGUUUGGAGAGCAGCCUCCGGGUGACUCUCGGAGAAAAACAAAUGAGGCGAGCUCCGAGUCGAUAGCUUCUUCCCCUAAAAGGGACACCAUGAGCAACUUCCUUCCAGACAGCAGCUGCUAUGAGUUGCUCACCAUCAUAGGCAGAGGCUUUGAAGACCUGAUGGUUGUGAACCUGGCCAGGUAUAAACCCACAGGAGAGUAUGUGACAGUCAGAAGAGUGAACCUGGAGGCCUGCACAAACGAGAUGGUCACGUUCCUGCAGGGGGAACUUCAUGUUUCCAAGCUCUUCAACCACCCGAACAUCGUGCCAUACAAAGCAACCUUCAUAGCUGACAAUGAGCUGUGGGUUGUGACAUCUUUCAUGGCCUAUGGCUCUGCAAAAGAUUUAAUCUGUACCCAUUUUAUGGAUGGGAUGAGUGAACUGGCCAUUGCAUAUAUCCUCCAAGGUGUAUUGAAAGCACUUGACUACAUCCACCACAUGGGCUAUGUACAUAGGAGUGUCAAAGCCAGCCAUAUCCUGAUCUCUGUGGAUGGGAAGGUGUACCUCUCUGGCCUGAGGAGUAACCUGAGUAUGAUCAACCACGGGCAGCGACUCAAAGUUGUUCAUGACUUCCCCAAAUACAGCAUCAAAGUGCUGCCUUGGCUCAGUCCUGAGGUCUUGCAGCAGAACCUCCAGGGUUACGAUGCAAAAUCUGACAUUUACAGCGUGGGGAUAACGGCCUGUGAGCUGGCAAACGGACACGUCCCGUUUAAAGACAUGCCUUCCACUCAGAUGCUCUUGGAAAAGCUGAAUGGAACCGUUCCCUGCCUGCUGGACACCACCACAAUUCCUGCUGACGAGCUGACCAUGAAGACAUCCCGUUCCAGUGCUAAUUAUGGGAUGGGUGAGAGCACGGCCGUCAGCAACGUGCGAGCGGCCAACGGGGAGCCAGCCCUGCACCCCUAUCUCCGCACCUUCUCCACCUACUUCCAUAACUUCGUGGAGCAGUGCCUCCAGAGGAACCCUGACUUCAGGCCAAGCGCAGGCGCUCUGCUCAGUCACCCCUUUUUCAAGCAGAUCAAGCGCCGCGCGUCCGAAGCGCUCCCGGAACUCCUGCGCCCCGUCACCCCCAUCACCAACUUGGAAGGGACACAGCCCCAGGAUCCCAGCGGCAUUUUUGGGUUGGUGUCAAAUCUGGAGCAGCUGGAUGUGGAUGACUGGGAAUUCUAGAAAAGCAGGGACUACGCCGCGUUCUGGAGGAGCUCUCUGGACAUUGUAUUUAUUGGUCCUGCUCAUAAAAGCUGAUGAAUGUUACACACAGAAGAGUUUACAGGUCCUUGGGAAGGAACUUCAACUGCCUGUUUACUUAAGAAGUAGCCUGGAAACAUGGACAGGCCUGAGCUGGGAAAGGAUCAACCCAAGGAACUGUGGAGUAUUCCAGAUGGUGCAGUGCCCAGAGCCCCCACCCUUGUGGCUGAGCACUGGUAGAUCACUUGAGGGGGUUGAGUGAGUUUGUGUAGUUAUGGUCUCUAUUUAUGUGUUUCUAAAAAUCACUGGCUUCCUCCUAUCACAGUUGAGGCUGCAUGUCCCUACCCUGUGUGGUUCUUUCUCUUUUAAGGGUGCCUUAGAAUUGAGGGGAGGUGGGCAGCUCUUAGUUUUGGGCAUUCUCUUAGAACUAGUCAGAUUCCUGUUUCAGUGUUGUCACAGGGCAAGUUUUGAUGGGGACAAAAGGGAUUAUGUUCUUAGUUACUGCUUUGUGAUGGAAAAUGGGAGAUCAAAGACAACCUGGUGCCAUUCCAGGCACUCUUGCUGCAUUGGGCAUUCCUCUGCAGCACUGGAUUCUGCCAGUUCUGGAGAGGCUUUUGAAGACUCCUCCCUCGAUGCUGAGCACUCUGAACUCCAGGUCAGACAGGACCUUCCAGCCUCCCCUCCCAGCUGCCUCUGUCACCAGAGCAGUGGAUGCCUGUACCACAAACCAGCUUUUUUAUCCCCAUCCAGUUGAACCUCACGCUAUCUGGGCUGGUUUCACAGCACGCAGCACUCUUACCAGCUUGUUCUUAGUGAUUUACCCUGGCAGAGAGGAACAGUAAGUUGAUUUUCCUGCUAAAUCCUCUUGCUGAUGACUCCUGUACAGAACUGAACUUCACCCCUCCAUCACCAUUGCUCUUCUGCCUUCCCUGACUGACUGACAGGUAAAAGCUGCUCACGUGGCUCCCUGUGAUUCACGGCUGUGUGACUCUGCCCUGCUGCUGUGGCAGCUCUCCCCCAUUCCACGGUGUUUGGGGUUUUUUUGGAGGUGUAUUUAAGGCUUUUCGUUUGACUUUUCCAAGGACCACUGGUGCUGGAGGUCUACUCUUUAUUGGAGCACUGAGAAUCUUCGUGUGGGUGCAGUUGAUGGGAGUAGUGGUGCUGGCAACGGGUCCUUCUUGUGUUUAUAAACUGUACUUGAACCCAGAUAAAGUUUGUUACUCUAGUUUUUUGCCAAAACAAAUAAAAUAUUUCUGAAGUUGUUUUUUAA